CUUCCUGCGCCGGUUGCUACGACAAGCGCGGCUCUUCCUUAGCAACUGGCGCCGGGGCGGUGGCGUGGGCCGCUGUGGCGGCGGGGCAGCAUCCUCUGGGCUGAGAAGAUUCACCUCGUGCCGAAGCUGCUCUGCCCGUGUUUACAGAGCUGUCUUUCUCCCAGCUGUUUGCACUGCAGCACCUUGCCAAGCUCCGGGCAGCCCCUUCACCCCUUCCAGUGGCCACUGUGGAAAGACCAUGGCAGACACUGGGGAGGGGAAAAAGGAGGAGGCUGAUUAUAAAAGACUUCACAGCUUUCCACUGAUUAGGCACACAGACAUGCCAGAGGAGAUGCGUGUGGAGGCCAUGGAGCUGUGUGUUACGGCAUGUGAGAAAUAUGCCACCAACAACGAGAGUGCUGCCAAGAUGAUCAAAGAGAUGAUGGACAAGAAAUUUGGGUCCUCCUGGCACGUGGUGAUUGGGGAAGGUUUUGGCUUUGAGAUCACUCAUGAGGUGAAGAAUCUGCUGUACAUGUUCUUUGGUGGCAGCCUGGCCGUGUGUGUCUGGAAGUGCUCCUGACAUCUGGCCGGGUCCCAGGCUCACUACACACAAGAGAUUUCUUCCUUCUCUUGACCGGUUUUGUACAAUCUGGAGGUGGGGCUUUAUUUUUAAUAGUUAAAUAUGAAGAUUUUUUUUCAUACUGAUGUAACAGUUCUGUGGGAUACAUAUAGUUGGUGCGUGUGUGCGUAUAAACUUGCUAAGCUGUCCUGUCCUUGCUCGCGGGAUUUCUCGUCUGUCUGUGACUCUUCCCUUGGUGUUUGAGCCGAAGCAGGAAGGAGGUGGGGAGUAAGUAAUCUCACGACAUGCUGCAGAGCUGCACAGCAGCACUAGGAGGGGGAAGCGAAAGAGAAAAGGUGCUACCUAGCCCUACGUUUGGGUUGGGUUUUUUUUCCUCCCACUUGUUCCACGUCAUGUCCUCUCUUCUCUGCCUUCCCCGCUACCAUGUGGUACGGCUCUGACCAGCACUCGUCUCUCCUUUUUCUGAUUGCCAAGAAUACCUUCUUCCUGCCUUUUAAAAUGUCCGUACAGAACUGUCAGUGCCAAGGGUCUCCCUUCGGGCUGCCUGUGGAGGUGUUAGCCACCAGGAAGCAGGCUCAGCUUGCCCUUCCCCGCUCCUUUUUGGGGGGGUACAACAGCUGAGCUGCCUGGGUGUAGGAGGUUGCUAUGCAAACUGCCCCCUCCUUCCUCACCCACCGCACACUGAGAUAGCAUGAAAACACGGGCGGCUGACGACGCCUGCAGAGUGGGUGAGAACUCUUCAUACGGCUCAAAUGCCUCCCUGUCAGUUCUUGGGGGUGUUGCAAGUGCUGUGUACUUACAGCAUCUUGUUUGGAGGCUGGUAGAGGAAGGAGGCUCCGUGUGAGAUAUCAGAAACCUCACGUCUUCUUGGACUUGCGUUCUUUUAGCCUGUUUCAUUUUUUUUAUAAGCUGUCAGUGUUGGAGGAUGGAACGAACGUAAUUGUGCGUUACGUAUAUGGCUUAUUUAUAUAAAUCUGGGGAACCGUGUUUUUACAAUAAAAAUUUAGCAAAACGUC